UUUCUUUUACUUGUUUUACUGACUUCUUUUCUGGAGAGGGAAAGAAUCUAAUGGUGUAUACCACUAUACUCUUGCACAGUGUGAAGACAGCUUAGGACCGGAACGAAGAGUCGACGUUCAUAGAUAUGUCUGUGAAUCACACCGUACUGAAACAAAGCUUAGCGUUGAUGAUGAUAUCAGGGCUUUUUAUUUAUUUCCUGUGGAUGGACAUAGCGCUAUAUCAUAACGUUCAGCACAUAGCUCCAGUUUUACCCAACUCCAAACGGUCACACGACAAAAGUUCUUCACUUAUUUCACCGUUCACAGGUCUCUCGGUGAAGAUGAUGAUGAUGGAUCCUAUAAAUAAUUACAUACUCACACCCAUAGCUCAGUUAUUCAAUUACGCUACGUCUUUCAGCGAAAAGUGUUACGUCAUCACCCCCAACAUGAUCAGUUUCACAGGCCUAGUGUUUGCCGGGUUUGCUGCAAGAUGUGUGGUUUCUGACAACAUUAUUAGACAACGUAUCGCCGUGCUACUCUUCCAGGGAAGAACCUGGUGCGACGCACUAGAUGGCAUAGUUGCUCGAGCCCGGAUGGGCAUGGUCAAGCAUGCGUCAUUGCGGUCGACUCCUGGCUACGUGAUAGACGGGUUAGCCGACACACUGGGAUUUACAGCGUUCCUAGUGGGCUGUUAUUACUAUCUUCGUCGGUGGCCGCCCAAUGAAAGCCACUAUCGUGUCUUGUCCUCCAAGGAACACCUGGAGAAGAAUGGUGGUCACGCGGGCGAAAAUGGGAGCCAAACUAAUUGGACAGCUAGAAGACUCUUUUAUGUUGUCUUCUGUUUCGGAAUGCAGAUAGCUGUCAGUGCCUUCUUCUGGGACCGAUAUAUCCACAGUUAUUCAGAACUUCUAGAAACCCCCCAGUCCACUGUGGGGACAGCGAUGGCGCAGAAUGAACAGUUGAAAUCAGCCUUCACCUGGAUGAUCAUGUGGUUCUGGAGAGUUUGCAAUGCGCAUUGUUUAAUCCAGUUUUUAUUGAUAGCAAUAGUUAUGGGUAACAUGUGGGAGUUCUUUAGAUUCGUACAAUAUUCAGGUUUCGCGGUGCUUCUGGUUUUGGCUUUCUUCAGUGAGCUCAACCUUCAUAUUAUGAUGAGCUCUCUAAUGCAGACCAGCUGAUUAUCACGUGCCGAAUCCCCCUCGCGAACUUUCAACGUUUGUGUUUUCGUCUACUUUUGCCAGUCUCGUUGAUAAGAGAUAAGUUACAGUACAAAGAGAAUGAAUUCUUAAGAGUGACACCUGUUUUUCUGUGAAUAUUUUUAACCUCUAAUAUUACGGUUUUAAAUUCCAAAAGCCAGCGAAGUAAUAGGCCUAAUAUAAGUGAUAUAACUCAUACAAAAUUGCAUUUAUGCUGGUCCACAUUAUUCUUAACUGGCCCAUUAGGGAUUUCAGACAAGAGGUGUGUAAAUAUAGCAUUAAGUUUAGAUAAGUAAGGAGAAUGUGGAUAUAAAGAUAUGCACGUAGUGUGAUUUUAAUUACAUUUUUUAUUAAUAAAUUCAUAUUAUUAAGCCUAUUGCUAGCCUCUGCUUUUGUUAGUUUUCUAUGAUAAGUGGGCAACAGUUUGGACUUUACUGUGAGGCGUCCAUUGGUCCAACUGGAAACGUUGGAAAAGAAGAAGGAGGAGGCUGAAGAUGACACCAAAAACCACUGUCAACUGUAAUAUGAACGUGCAUUUAACAAUACGAACGUUUCUUUUUCGAUAUGCUAUCAAAUCAAAAUAUUAUUAUUAUAUAACUCGAUCUAUAUCAAUGUAGUUAUCAUAAUAGGUUUUGGUGUCUAAAGUAAAGUUUUCUGAUGUUAAAAGAAUCAAAAAGCCAACUGAAAUUUAUUACAAAGAAGGGUAAAAUAUAAGAUUUUUUUGCUGUUGUUUAGGUCUGUGAUUAUAUUUAUUUAUUUACGUGCCUAUAUGAAUUGGGACUGGUGUUAUUUUCAGUAGUAAUAAAUCCGAAUAUUUUGAAUAAAACUGGAAACAAUAGCGCUCUUCAGUGGCCUGGUAAGAAAUGUGUAAAACAAGUCUUAACAUUUUGUCAUCUUUUCUAUUCGACCAUCCAAUUUUAGGGUAUUUUGUAUCAGCCACAAAUUUUUAUACUCGAGUGCCUUGAUCCUGACAGCAACUCUAAAGGGUGAAGGUGUUUGGUGACGGAGAUUCAAACCCGCAAAUUGCGAG